UCUUAGAAAUUGUGGAAUUUUACUCAGUUAGAGCUAUGGUUUAGCAUCAAGAGGGAAGUUUUGUAAAAGCAACAGGAAGAAUUGCUCAGAUACCCGUGAGCGUAUAUAACUUGGGUCGUGUUAUAAAUGCUCUGGCUAAACCUAUUGAUGGGAGAGGCGAAAUUGUAGCUUCCGAAUCUCGCUUAAUUGAAUCUCCUGCUCCAAGUAGAAUUUCCAGGCGUUCCGUAUACGAACCUCUUCAAACAGGGCUUAUUGCUAUCGAUUCGAUGAUCCCUAUAGGGCGCGGUCAGCGAGAGUUCAUUAUUGGGGACAGACAGACUGGCAAAACAGCAGUAGCCACAGAUACAAUUCUCAAGAAAAAAGGGCAAGGUGUAAUAUGUGUUUAUGUAGCUAUCGGUCAAAGAGCAUCCUCCGUAGCUCAAGUAGUAACUACUUUCCAUGAGGAGGGGGCCAUGGAAUACACUAUUGUAGUAGCUGAAAUGGCGGAUUCACCUGCUACAUUACAAUACCUCGCUCCUUAUACGGGAGCAGCCCUGGCUGAGUAUUUUAUGUACCGCGAACGGCAUACUUUAAUAAUUUAUGAUGAUCUCUCCAAACAGGCACAAGCUUAUCGCCAAAUGUCCCUUCUAUUAAGUCCCGGCCGUGAGGCUUAUCCAGGGGAUGUUUUUUAUUUGCAUUCACGCCUUUUAGAAAGAGCCGCGAAAUUAAAUUCUCUUUUAGGCGAAGGAAGUAUGACCGCUUUACCAAUAGUUGAGACUCAAUCUGGAGACAUUUCCGCCUAUAUUCCUACUAAUGUAAUCUCCAUUACAGAUGGACAAAUAUUCUUAUCUGCGGAUCUAUUCCAUGCCGGAAUUCGACCCGCUAUUAAUGUGGGUAUUUCAGUUUCCAGAGUAGGAUCCGCGGCUCAAAUUAAAGCCAUGAAACAAGUAGCUGGCAAAUCCAAAUUGGAACUAGCUCAAUUCGCAGAGUGACAAGCCUAUUAUUCGCCUCUGCUCUCGAUAAAACAAGUCAGAAUCAAUUGGCAAGGGGUCGACGAUUAAGGGAAUUGCUUAAACAAUCCCAGGCAAAUCCUCUCCCAGUGGAAGAG